CCCCCCCCCCACAUCCCUCGCCGUCGUCGUCCUCCUGUCCGCCAUGGGAGAGGAGACGAGCGGCGCAACUUCCGGCGCGCUCAUCAUGGCGGCUCCUUAUGUGACGGAUGAGACGGGAAAAUAUAUUCCAGCAUCACAGCGCCCUGAUGGGACUUGGCGUAAACCAAGGCGUGUGAGGGAAGGAUACGUGCCUCCAGAAGAAGUGCCAGUGUACGAGAACAAGUUUGUGAAGUUUUUCAAAAGCAAACCAGACCUGCCGCCAGGCCUUAACGCAGAUGAAUCCGACAAAAGCAAGCAGCAACAGUCAAAGCAGGACGGAGAGCUAGUUGGGUUGUCCAAGUCAGCUAAACGCAACCUCAAGCGCAAAGAGAAGCGCAAACAGCAGCAGGAAUGUGACGGCACGGCCGAGGCCGAUGAGCUGAGCCAAACUUUGCAGAAAACCACCAUUGCUGGUGGCAGUGGCAAUCGCAAUCCGAGCCCGCUGGAGGCGGCUGCUUCACUGCAGGGGGACCACGAGGGAGCAGAGAAGGCAAAAAAGGUAAAAAAUCUCAAAAAAAAGCUGCGCCAAAUCGAUGAACUACAGCAAAAGCUAGACUCUGGUGAGAUUAAGCAGGCAACAAAGGAGCAGCUGGAAAAGCUGAGCCGCCGAGAACAGCUGAUGGAGGAGCUGGAGGAUUUGGAACUGGGUUUAUAGGGAAAAUGUGUACGCUUCCAAGGAUGCGGGGAGUGUCAUGAUUCCAUAUCCAUGCCAAGUAACUGUCAAGACAAUAAAUGGGUAUGCAUCCGACUGAGAUCAAGGGUCACUCAAUGGGACAUCAAUGCCCAUGCUGGUCCUUGUAAUUGUGCGGCCUUUCAAGUUAGUUUUAACAGAACUGAUGGAACUAUUUUUUAAACACUCCUUCGUAUGUGCAAGAAAGUGAUAUGGGAUUAAUGUACUGUACAGACUGUCAAUAGUCUACAUUUGGUCUUCGCUGUUACACUACGUGACUUUGUGCUGCAUCUCUCGCUGUGUGCUCGUCCUGAACCAGGGGCCCGCCAUGCUGAGAAGUCUGGAAACCAUCUCGGGCGCUUCCCACGUAAUGGAGGAAAAAAACAAUCCAGUGUUUAAUUCGCCAGCAAUGGUUCUGGCACUUUUUUUCCCCACCUCCUUUACAAGUUUCUCGUCUUCUUUUGUGCAUUGAAUUUGGAUUGAGAAGCAAAUUUAAUGAUGGGGAAUAAGAUGUAUCAUCAAAUGGGAACAUUGAAAUCAAAAUGACCCUCUUUGGGGUGCUAUUGCACUAACUGAUAUCUGCUGAUUAUUUUUCGAAUUGUGCUUGCUCCCAUUGUUGGGGGAUAAUUAAUUGAUAUUUGUAUGACUCCCAUGCGGUGAACUCUUGUCUAAAGAUUUUAAUAAAAUCAUUUUUCUGUGUGCCCUUAA